AUGAGCAGCACGGCCGACGCGACGACGCUGGUGACCACCACCAGCGGCGCGGUGCGUGGCACGACGCUCCCCUCUGGCGUGGCGCGCUUCCUCAACAUCCCGUAUGCCGCGCCGCCGUUCGGCGCGAACCGCUGGAAGCCGCCCCAGCCCGUGGUCCCGUGGACGGGCGAACGGCUAUGCGAUGCGUGGGGGCCGACGUCCCCGCAGACGCAGUACGGCGGCACGAUCGGGCAGGUGCUCAAGGCGAUGCCGACGGUCGACGGCGACGACAUCCUCAACCUCAACGUCUGGGUGCCCGCUAGCGCCGCCCCAGCCGGCGGAUACCCCGUCGUGGUCUGGAUCCAUGGUGGCGCGCUCGAGCGCGGCGCGAGCUGUAUCCCGAUCUACGACGGCGCGAAGUUUGCGUGCGACGGCGUGCUCUGCGUCAGCAUCCACUACCGCCUCGGGUUUGAGGGGUUCGCCGUGCUGCCCGGCGUGCCGCUCAACCUCGGCCUCGAGGACACUGUCGCCGCGCUGAAAUGGGUGCAUGCCGAGAUUGGCGCGUUCGGCGGCGAUAGCGCCAAGGUGACGAUCAUGGGCGAGAGUGCGGGCGGCGUGCUCGUGUCCGCGCUGCUAUCGCGCGAGGACGCGCGCAGCCUCGUCCGCGGCGCGAUCAUCAUGUCCGCCCCGCUGGAGGCGAAGCGCAAGGACGAGGUGGCGAAGCCCACCACACAGCUCGCCAAGGCGCUCGGAACCCCGGCAACGCUCGACGCAUGGCGCGAUAAGAAGCCGCUCGAGCUGCUACAUGCGCGCGACAAGGCGCUGGCCGGAAAGUCCAUCCUCGACGGCGUCCCUGGGUUCCAGCUCGCGCUGGACCCAGCGUCCCUCCCCACCUCGCCGUCCACGGUACUGCGGACCAUCGACACGCCGAUCCUGAUCGGCACCACGACGGAGGAGCACCGUCUCUUCCUCUCACCCGACGAGCUCGCCGCCAUCCCGUGGUGGAAGCAGCUGCUCGUGCGGUGGGUGCUGGGCAUCCCGCGCGCGGCGGCAGUGGCUGCGCGCCGUGCGUUCCCCGGCGCCAAUGCCGGCGACAUUCUCGGCACGCUCCUCCUCGACGUGUACAUGCGCAAGCCUCUCGUCCAGCUCGCGACCGCGCGCCCCGCAUCGACGUGGGUGUACGAGUUUGCGUGGCCGAGCCCCGUGCGCGACCUGCGCGCGGCGCACGGCGUCGAGAUCGAGUUCGUGUUCGAUAACCUCGCCAAGGGCGACGACGACCGCACGCUCGGCGGCCACACGGCCCCGCAGAGCCUCGCGGACGAGAUGCACGCCGCGUGGGUUGCCUUCGUGACGAGCGGCAAUCCCGGCUGGGACGCGUUCGGGAAGGACCGCCUCACGCGCGUGUUCGACACCCACAGCCAGACGGUGCCCCUCCGCCGGGCGGACAUUGUCGACGCACUGCCAUAG